ACGAAAAUAAGCUUUCUCAAAAAAUUUCAAAAUGGCGUCCAAAAGUAAGACCAUGAAAAAAGCAGUAUCAAAAGAAGAUUUGAAGCGUCUCAUGAAAGAAAAACAGGCGUCUAAAGACAACAAAACUAAAGUGACACACCCCCUUGCUAAAUACAACACCCUUGAUCAAUUAGUAUGCGUUCUUUGCAACACAGUCAUCAAAUCGAACAUUCUUUGGAAUGCUCAUAUACAGGGGAGACAACACAAAGAAAAAUUAGCAAUAAAAUCACAACCUGGACCUGCUAAACCACCUGAUCCUGGCAUCAAAAGAAAAUCUGAAUUUCUUGAACCAGCAAUUCCACAGAAAAAGCAAAAAGAAAAUGGAAAUUCCUCAAAGAAAUCAAAUAGCCUUCCUUCUGACUUCUUUGACAAUAAACCCAAGUCGUCUGGUAGACAACAGAACAGUCUAGGUCUGAGUUCAUAUUCCUCAGAUGAGGAGGAGGAGGAUGAAGAUGAGGGGAAGGGAAGGGAGGUAACUCCAACAUCUGCAGCCUCAUCACUGAAGUCAGUCCAGUUGUCACAUCCAGCUUUACCAGCAGAUUUCUUUGACCCUGGAGUGAAAAAAGAAGAAAUUAAAGAAGAGAAACCUAAAACCAUGGCUGACAUUUUACCAGAAGGAUUCUUUGACAAUCCUAAGGCUGAUGCUAAGGUGCGACAAGUAGAAUACAAGGAUAAGUUGGAUGAAGAAUGGGAAAUGUUUCAGAGAGCAAUAAAAGAGGAGAAUCAUGUUUCUGAAGCCAUUAUGGAUGAAGAAGAUGAAAUUGUUAAUGUGGAGAGAAAUAUUGAUGAAAUUGAUGACCAAAUAAAUCGUUGGAAGGAAAUCAAUGAUCUAGAAAUAAAAAAGGAAGAAAUAAUGCAGAAGAAAACCUCUGAGGACAUUGUUAAAGAACAGAGUGAUGAUGAAGAUGUGGAAGAUGAAGAUUUAGAGGAUUUCAUGGACUGGCGAUCAAAAACUCUAAAAUGAAUAUCUUAUUGCUUAUGGAAGAGUUUUGAAAAAUCAUAGGAAAAAUACUUAAUAAACAUGCUAGGAUUUUUUUUACCAGAAAGGGAAAAUUUGAAUUUUCCUUUAAAAUUCAAAGAGAAAUGCUCGAGUUUUGGUGUACUCAGCAAGUUUUACAUAUCCGGCUAUUCUGUUCAAGCGCUGUUCUUGUGCAUCGUUGUACCUGAAAAAGAAAAUAGAAAGCCACUUUAUGACUUUCUCUAAACUAGUACACAUGGUAGUAAUUGUCUCUGCCAUUUAGUGCCAAGGGAGGCAACUUGUUGACAUUCGGAUUCAGUGUGCUUGUAAAGAAAGUGCUGCAUUGAAUGUGUAUGAAUGAAUUAUAAUAGAGAACUUUGUUGACAUAAUGAUUCAUUGUGCUAGUAAACAAAGACUUUAGUGCUGAAUUGAAUGUGUAUGAAUGAUUUACAUCUGUAUGUGUAGAAUGUAUAUGAAAGGGUCUGAGAGGGUGAGAAAUAAUUGUUAUCAUUGUUCACUUUUGGAUAUAAUAUUAACAAAUAAACUAUGGAAAACUCA